AUGGAGAGUAGCACUGUCGCAAUUACAACGACGAUCAAGGAGAUAGAAACAAUUGCCGCUCCCCCAAUAACCACCACAGAGCCAAAAGUCUCUACAAGCACUGUGACCGAAACUUCCACCAUCACUCAACUGGACGCGUCCACUACUCUAUCGACGACGAUAUCGAUUUCUACGGAUACCGAGGUGGUUCUAUCAACCAUCACAGAAACUAAAGCAGCCACCACAGUGAUUGAUACAGUCACUUCGACUCAAAGCUUCACCACCACCAUUACUUACACGGAGACUCAGGCUAUAAGCACCACUACAGCAACUAUCAUCAGCACUGAAACUCCAGCUGUAUCGACAUCGAUCUCGACGCUGAGCCUGAUUGAUACGAUCACCUUCACGGAAGCUCAAGCAACAACAGCUUCGACCGUGACACUGACCACGACGGGACCCACAAUCACAAUUACGUCAGAGUUGCUUGGGACUACAAGUGUGACGAUUAGCAUGAUCAUGUCGACUGCUGUCGGUCCGAUCAUUACGAUAACCACUACUUCAAUUGACGAAGUACUGUUACCUACCACAAUCACAAACACAAUUGAAAUUCCAGCGGCUACGAGUACGACUGUAUCGACCUCGACUUUAGCUGCAACCACAGUUAUCAGCACAGUAGAACUUUCGGGCCCCACAACCACAGUGACUUUAGAGACUCCUGGACCGGCAAGUACCACGACUCUUACCACUAGCAUUGCGGCCACGACGACAACCGAGACCGAAUUCGAGACAAGAACCGAGAGCUUCACCAUAACGGCACCUGAGCCAGCGAUCGUCGUUACAGUCUCGGUAACAGAGACUGUUCUCAACACGAUUCCGACAACGUUGACCAUUACCAGUAUCAGCGCAACUACCCAGACUGUAUCGGCCUCUAUCUCCGGCAUCGUCACAUGUCCUAGCAGGAUCAUCAAUCCAACAUACACUCCUCCUACUCCACUUCCCUCAAACUACCUGUGGGGAUGUCCUCCAGGCAAGCUCUGCCACCCCAAACGAGAGAACUGCAACUUCGAACAGAACCCACCUGCCGAGAGCUACGUUUGUGCUCCAGAAGAGUGCCUACCAGUAGCCGAUCUCCCACCACUAGAAACAUGGCUUGACUACGAAAACAUCAACGAUACCUGUGCCUGGCUCACCCCAAUAGACGACUACUUCAAUAUCAACCCAACCUUCUUCGAUCUCGAUUUCGACAUCUUCAACAUCUACGGUCAGCCAUGUUGCGAGACUCAGACCACAGCCUCGACGACAACGACCACGAUCACCAUCUAUCCAUCAAGCACUACAUGGGCAGCCUGGACCAGGCCCGCAGCCACAUCGCCCUCACCACCGCACAUCACCAAGCGCACAGAACUAUCCGAUGGCAACAUCAACAGGAGAGCCAUCCUAGUUGCAAGCCAGUGCUAUGCAGUCUGCGACUAUGCCGCCGCAGUCUACCAGAGUGUCGGCAAAGAUCCUGCACUUUGCGCAGCAGAUGGGCAAUGGAGCACUGCGUUGGCGAGGGUGACUUCGUGUACCAACAAGUACGCUGCUACUGGCGUGGCCAGCGUGGCGUCGAUUCUGAACGAGCCGGUCUUGUACUGCAAUACACAGCCUCAGAGGAGAUUUGACCUCUUUGGUAGAGCGGCAUUUGCGUAG